AUUUAAUAUGUCUGCAAUUGGAGGAUGAUGAAAGUGGCUCUGCUUUUCAAUCACUUUUAUAUUAUUUUUGGUACUGAUAUUAGCAACGAUGUUUCAGAAUACGAUUGUUUAUGUAAACAGAGGGCCCUUUGCAGCCUUCCCAGAGGAUAACCCUAGAGGCUUCCAGUCACCUUCUGAGUAUCAUAUGCCAUACGAAGACGUGAUAAUCCCUACAGAAGAUAGCUGUGAGCUGAAGGGAUGGCUGAUGUUGCAUCCUCAUCCAAAAAAAAAGAGCACUAUUGUGUUCUUCCAUGAAAAUGCAGGGAAUAUAGGCCUCCGGCUUCCAGUUGUCAAGUCUAUGUAUGACUCGUUAGACUCGAACAUACUUCUAGUUGGAUACAGAGGUUAUGGCCAUUCUACAUGUGAUCCUUCAGAGAAAGGACUGAAGCUUGACUCUAGAGCAAUCCUUGACUAUGCCUUUAACUCAAAGACUAUUGACACUGAGAAUGUGUUUGUAUUCGGAGCAUCCUUAGGAGGAGCCACUACAAUUUACAGCUCAAAAUUCUACGAAGAUAAGAUCAAAGGGCUCAUUCUAAUGAACACGUUUACAAGUUUGCCUGAUGUAGUUGACUCCAUGAACAUUGUAUUCAAGAUCUUCAGACCAUUUGUGCUGAGUAAUUUCUGGCCUAGUGACGAAAGAAUAAAAAGUCUUACUCUUCCGAUGUUGUUCAUCUCGGGUAGGGAGGAUGAGAUUAUCCCUAAAGAACAGAUGGACUUACUUUUCAUCCAUGCUGAGAAAUCAAGGUACAGAGAUUUUAUCAAAGUCAAAGAUGGACACCAUAAUGACACUUUCUUCCACGGUGGGGACCAACUGCUUGAGAAGAUCCUCAAGUUCAUGAAGAAGUGUGCUGAGUUCAAGCACAAAGAACACUCUCAGAGAAGCUUGAUGCAAGUUAAGGUGAAGUUAUAACUCGGUUGG